AGUGAGGGAGUAUAAAGAGAGUGGGUGUGUGUUAGAGGGAGAGACUUGUUGGUAUAAAAGCUCCCUCUUUCAGGGACGCUCCCAUAUCUGGUGUGCAUUUUUGCAGGGGUACACUUGUGUGUGUGUGUGCAUGUGUGUGUUUGUGCCCUUGCAGUAUAAAGGACUGAUAACUCCCUAGGAUGCAUCAUCUGUUUGUGGUGACCUUAGUGCUGGUGGCACUCUGCUCCCUAGGGACUGUGGAUUCUUCAGCUUAUGACAAGAUAGUCACCCACAGUCGCAUACGAGGCAGGAAUCAAGGACCCAAUGUGUGCGCUCUGCAGCAGGUCAUGAACACCAAGAAGAAGUAUUUCAGCAUAUGUAGGAACUGGGUUAAACGCUCCAUCUGUGGCGAGAAGACCGUGGUCCUAUAUGAGUGCUGUCCUGGGUACAUGAAGCUGGAGGGCAUGAGAGGAUGUCCUGCAGUGGCUCCCAUUGACCACGUGUAUGGUACGCUCGGGUUUGUAAAGGCCACGACCACACAGCAAUACUCUGACAUGUCCAAGAUGAGAGAGGAAAUUGAAGGAAAAGGCUCCUUCACGAUGUUUGCACCUAGCAAUGAAGCCUGGGAUCUGCUGGACCCAGCCCUACGAGCUGCUCUGCUGAGCAACGUGAACAUUGAACUGUACAACACUCUUCAGUUCCACAUGGUGAACCAUCGUCUUCUGACUAAAGACAUGAAGAAUGGCAUGACUCUAACUUCCAUGUACAACAACGAUAGGAUCUUCAUCAAUCACUAUCCAAAUGGGAUUGUGACAGUGAACUGUGCCAGGAUUAUCGUAGGUAACCAGGUGGCCACAAACGGUGUGGUGCAUGUCAUUGACCGGGUCAUCGCAUCAGAGGGCAAAACCAUUCUGGAUGUUUUGUCGACCCACGACAAACUCUCCUCCUUCUUUUCUGUGGCGUUGGAUUCUGGUAUAAUGGGCAAGCUGGGCCAGCCGGGUCACUAUACUCUGUUUGCUCCCACUAACAAAGUCUUUGAAAAAUUCAGCCCAGACUACCUGGAGCGUAUUUUGACUGUUAGGGCUAUUACAGAAGCCAUGCUGAACUUCCACCUGUUGAACAGUGUCCAGUGUUCAGAAGCAAUCAUGGCAGGGUCAACGUAUGAGACCGCAGAGGGCAGCACCAUAGAGAUCGGCUGUGAUGGCGACAGUCUGACUGUCAAUGGCAUCAAGAUGGUGCUGGAGAAGGACAUUGUCACCACCAAUGGUGUCAUCCACAUCAUUGACCAGCUGCUCAUCCCUGAAUCGGCCAAGGAAGUGAAGGAGCUGAUGGGAAACUCCCAGAGCAUGUUCAGUGACAUGAUGUCCACGCUAGGCUUAGCUGCUGAGAUGGGUUCGGAUACGAAUUACACACUCCUUGCUCCUGUCAAUGCUGCCUUCACUACCAAGGUGAUGUCAACAGACCAAAGCCUGCUGAAGACCAUUCUGGAAAACCACAUCCUGAGGGUGAAAGUUACACUGAACGAGCUCUACAAUGGACAGCUGCUGGAAACACUGGCUGGCAAACUGCUCAGAGUUUUCAUUUACCGCACUGCUGUAUGCAUAGAAAAUGCAUGUAUGGUGCGUGGCAGUAAGGUGGGAAGCAAUGGCGCCCUCCAUCCUAUGGAGACCCUCAUCAUGCCAGCAGAGAAAACAGUCUACCAGAUCCUGGUUGCUGAUGGACGUUUCAAGAUUUUCCUGUCACUGAUGGAGACGGCGGGUCUGACUGAUAUGCUGAAGCAGAAAGGUUCCUACACCAUCUUUGCACCAACUGAUGAUGCCUUUGUUGACCUCAGUAAAGAAGACCUUGCUCUGCUCAAAAGUGAUGUGAUUGCUUUGAGAACCAUUCUGCUGUAUCACUUCAGUAACGGCAUCUUCAUCAAUGGAGGAUUAGAAAGAGGAGUUACCAAUCUGCUCAAAACCCUCCAGGGCAACAACCUGCAAGUUUUGUCUGUCAACAACUCUAUUCAUGUCAACUCUGUGGACAUUCCAAACAGUGACCUCAUGGCAACAAAUGGCGUGAUCCAUGUAGUGAAGAAUGUUCUCUACCCUGCAAACCUGCCUGUGGGCCGCCAGGACCUCCUGGUACUCCUGAAGAAACUGAUUAAGUACAUCCAUAUAAAGUUUGUUCCUGGAUUUUCCUAUGUUGAGAUCCCUCUCACUUUCAUCAAGACAGUCACCACAACUAGUCAUUUUGAAACAGUCCCUAAUGUAACAAAAGUGAUCAGAGUCAUUGAGGGAGAAUCAUCUCUUACAAAAGUGACUAGGGUCAUUGAAGGAGAACCAUCUCUCACAAAAGUGACUAGGGUCAUUGAAGGAGAACCAUCUCUCAGAAAAGUGACUAGGGUCAUUGAGGCUGAACCCACCCUAACCAAGGUUACCAGGGUCAUUGAGAAGGAGCCUUCUAUGACCAAGGUUACAAGAGUUAUCAAGGGCGGAGAGUUUGAUGAAGAUGGACAGAAAAUUAGAGACUUGUCUAAGAUCACCACCAUUCAUGGAGACCCAAGUCUGUCGGUGGAAGAGGAAACGGACAGAAUUUCUAAAAUUAUUCAAGAUAAGAACAGAUUCGCCGCUGCCAGGAAAGCUCCAGUUGGAAUGAGGAGGAGAACAAGACUGGUCAGGCGCCGUCACAAGCCAAGGGAGUGAAAACAUCCUGGGGCUCGUCACAGAGACUGAACGCAUCUCCAGUGCUCCUGGUCGAAUGCUGGAGGAAUAAAAAAAAAAGCUAUAGAUCAAUAAGGGAAAAAUCAAUUUAGCUAUUUCUUUGUCCAUACCAAGGACUAUUCCAUCUGGACCAUACUGUGUAUGAAAGACAUAGUGUGUAAUAGCAAUGCAAUGACAUUUAGACAUUAGAAUACCCUUCAUAUAGGUAAUGUAAUUGUGCAAGGGAAAUAUUAAUUUGUAUUGUGCGGUAGAUGUUGUGCAAGGUGAGAUGUAUUCUACCACUGAGAGAUUUUUUUAAAAGGUUUUUUUUUUUGUUGUUUGUUUUUCAUGUCACUUUGUAAACAGAUGGCUUAGGAAGAUGAUUUUAUGCAUUUCAUUCUGAUACAUGAAUACAGCAAAACAGUGUCAAACUGUGUUUUGCUACCAUUAGAUGCUGUAUCUCUGUAAAUUAUCACAGAAUAAUUAAAAAAACACUACAUUUUUA